AUGACCAGCGCCGUCAACAUCGUGAAGUGCCCCGUGGCUCCGCUGAAGAACAGCGGCCGCGACGUCACGGCGGAUGGCUACUGCACCGGCGUGGAGCUGUCGGCGACAUUGUCCUACAGCGACACCCUGGUCGUCUGCGUAUGUAACAGCCUGACGUCCGUGUUUGCCGGGUUCGCCAUCUUCUCGUCUCUGGGUUUCCUGGCGCACGAGCUGGAGGUGCCUGUCAAGGACGUGGUCACCAGUGGAUCAGGUUUGGCUUUUGUGGCCUACCCGGAGCUGGUGACGCAUCUUCCAGUUUCACCGCUCUGGGCAUGUUUGUUCUUUCUGAUGUGUUUCACUCUCGGCAUCGACUCCCACUUUGGGGGUGUCGAAAACGUGAUCACGAGCAUUCUCGACGUCUUUCCACGUCUUCGGGCCAGGAAAUCAUGGGCGGUCCUGGCUGUCUGCACCACGCUGUUCCUGGGAUCCCUCGUCAAUUCUACACAGGGAGGUCGACACAUAGUGGACCUGCUCGACUACUACAUCGCAGGACGACCCAUCUUGCUGAUCUGCCUGCUCAAGCUGCUCGCUCUGUACUACAUCUACGGCUUCGACAACUUUCUGUCAAAUCUGGAGGCGAUGACGGGCCGCUGGCCAGGCCCCCGUGUAACGGCGCACAUGUCCGUGCUGUACGGAACGGCUAUCAUGGCGAUGAGCUGGACAGACUUCAAACCGUAUGAGUCCGGUGGCUACGUGUACCCGCUGUGGGCUAACAUUCUAGGGUCCUCCUUCUUGGGCUUCUGCAUUCUUCCUCUGCCGCUGGGCGCUGCCUUCAACGUCGUGUUCCAACAGACGGGGAGUCUGCUGAGCCGCGUGCGCUCGUCCUUGACGCCCACCGAGCAAUGGUACAGCCACUCAAGGCGAAUCACCCAGCAGCAGGAAGAGCAGCGGCGGCGAUCCCUGAAGGACAACACCAUCACCGACGACACUCGGCUGUGA